GACCCAAACCCAAACCCAUGCUCAAGCCCAAGCAGGAGCCCGUGGACGAGCCCACCGACCACCUCCAGCCCUACCCCGGGGGACUCACCGGAGGCGUAGCAAGCCCGGCCUCGCCGCGCCGCUUCACCAGGUCGCUCUUGCAACAGGUCAAGCAGCCGCCCACCGACGACGGCGACAACGACGAGUCAGGCACCACCACCGCCAGCAGCUCCCUGUCGCCCUCCCCCAAGAGCAAGAGCACCAAGCGCGGCGCCAGCCUCAAGGCCAAGUCGGAGGGGCCAGAUGGAAUCCCCAAGAACCUCAGGGAGCUCUUCGCCACCGGCUUGCUCGAGGGCCAGCCCGUCAACUACUUCAUGAACAAGGGGAAGCGACCAGUACUCCGUGGAGUCAUCAAAGACACCGGCAUAUUGUGCUCUUGCACUUCAUGUAAAGGCCGAAAUGUCGUUUCACCUUUUUAUUUCGAGGUGCAUGCCGGGAGUCAUAAAAAGCGACCCUCCGAUUACAUUUUCCUGGAAAGUGGAAAUACUCUGCAUGAUGUAUUGAGGGCGUGCACGGAUGCUACCGUAGACACACUGGAAUCUGCAAUACUGGGAGCAAUAGGCCCUGUGCCUAAGAAGAGGACAGUGACGUGCCAGGACUGCAAAAGUUCGUUCAAAACUUCCCGCGCUGGAAAAUUUGCUUCCUUCUGCGAGAUAUGUCUGGAGUCUAAGGAAGUUCAGAGUACGGCAAGGCCGAGAGGACGGCCACCUAAGAAUCUCUCCCCAGGGACGAAAACCACAAGUGCAGCAAGCCCAACUUCAUCAUAUGGAGCGAAGACCACACGCGCAGGAAGUCCAACUUCAUACGGCAGGGUGCCUAGGAAUUUCUACCCAGUAGCCAAGACAAUAAGUGCAGCAGCAAGCCCAACUUCAUCUGGCAGGGUGCCUAAGAAUUUCUCCCCAGGAUCGAAGCCUACAAGUGCAGGAAGAAUUACAAGAAAGGACCAUGGCUUGCACAAGUUGGUUUUCAUGAGUGGUGUUUUGGCAGAGGGCACAGACGUCGGCUAUUAUGUCCAGGGAAAGAGGUUGCUGGAUGGCCACAUAACGGAACAUGGAAUCUAUUGUUAUUGCUGCAACACAGUGGUUAGCCCUUCACAGUUUGAAGGCCACGCUGGCCGAGCUGCUCGGCGCAAACCUUACCACAACAUAUACAUUUCCAAUGGCGUUUCACUACACGAGCUGUCGGUUUCUCUUUCAAAAGGCCGAAAACCUUCAGAAAAGCAGAACGAUGACUUAUGCACCAUCUGUUCAGAUGGCGGGGAGCUUCUUCUUUGUGACUCCUGUCCGAGAGCUUUUCACAGAGAAUGUGUUGGCUUGUCUUCUGUACCGAAGGGAGCUUGGUGUUGCCGGUAUUGUGAAAAUAGGCAACAGAGAGAAGGUUAUUUGGCAUACAACAACAAUGCAAUAGCCGCUGGGAGGGUCGAUGGAGUUGAUUCCAUCGGACAAAUAUUUAUGCGGUCGAUCCGUAUUGCCACAGCACCUCAGGGUGCAUUUGGUGGAUGCGCAUUGUGCAAGCAACAUGAUUUUGGCAAAAGGAAAUUUAGCGAACGAACUGUGCUGCUCUGUGAUCAAUGUGGGAGGGAAUAUCACGUUGGAUGCCUGAAAGAACACAACAUGGCUGACUUGACGGCAUUGCCCGAGGGAGCAUGGUUUUGUUCCACUGUAUGUGUGGAGAUCUGCGAGGCACUGAAGGACCUAGUCAGUCGUGGAGCAGAACCUGUUCCUGCCGUGGAUGCUGAUCUCAUAAAGAAGAAGCGUGCGGAGAAAGGUUUGAACGACGAUGGCGACCUUGAUGUUAGAUGGAGGGUUUUGAGGGACAAAAGUUCAGAAGAUAGUAAACUGGUGCUGUCCAAGGCGGUUGGUAUUUUCCAUGAAUCAUUUGAUCCUAUCAUCCAAGCUGGGACUGGGCGAGACCUGAUUCCAGCCAUGGUCUAUGGGAGGAGCGUAAGGGAUCAAGAUUACACAGGGAUGUACUGUGCGGUGUUAACUGUCGGCAAGACGGUGGUUUCUGCUGGACUCUUCCGUGUGAUGGGCAACGUAGCCGCGGAGCUCCCCUUGGUCGCGACGAGCAGGGAUAACCAAGGCUUGGGGUACUUCCAGGCGCUGUUUGCGUGCAUCGAGCGGGUGCUGUCGUCCCUGAAGGUGAAGCACUUUGUGCUGCCGGCGGCGGAGGAGGCGGUGUCGAUCUGGACGCAGCGGUUCGGGUUUGGCAAGAUAACCCAGGACAAGCUGCUGGAGUACCUCAAGGGCGGGCGGCCGACGGUGUUCCAUGGCACGUCGACCCUGCACAAGCCUAUCCCGGUGGCUGAGGCGGAGGCGGAGGCGGAUGCGCGGGUGCCUGAGGAGGAGGAAGAAGCGCCGGUGCCGGUGCCGGAGGAAGGAGAGCCGGUGCCUGAGGAGGAGGAAGGAGAGCCGGUGCCCGAUGAGGAGGAAGGAGAGCCGGUGCCCGAGGAGGAGGAGGAGUGAGGAGGAGCUAGGAGGAGUUGUUUCACUUUAUUUUGGGAGGGGGGGAGGACGGAUUUGUAAUGGUGUAAUGUAGAGACAGAGACAGGGAUUUUCCUUCAUUUUGGUUUGGUCUAGUCUCAGUAGUCUAGUAGGAGGAGAGAGAUAUGAUGAUGGUGUGUUUUGUUUUGUUGAGGGGUGGUGGAUAUGAUGUAUGGAUGGAUCCUUCCUUUCCUUCCUUGUGUGGUAUUGUUAGUUAGUUAGACAGAGGAGGAAGAGGAAGAAGAAGCACAAGAGACAGAGAGAGAGAUAAUCCUUGGUGGCUGGCUGGGUGUACUAGGAGUAUUUGAGGAAUGAAAUUGUCAGUCAGAAGCACAUGUUGAAUGAUUUGUUUUGUGGGAGCAAAUCUUGCUUGAAUG